CAGCACUUCUGCCAAUUUUCGUUCUAUUUUCCACCACUUUGAAAUCGUGCCAGGUAUGCUGCGCGGUAAAGAUCCAUACCCCGUGAAAAAAUGUGACGGAACGCGAUCAACGGCAUGUACUGACUGUAGCACGAUCAAGAUCUGCAUCUCUUCGGAUGAGACCAAGGACGCGGACAACCCACAGCAGGCUUGUCCGGCUUCAGCUCCACAUUGCGCAAUGUCUCAGACCGGAGCAGUUUGUCAAAAGUCACCGGACAGCUCCGUAGAGGAAUGUUCCGCCGCAUCGUCUGACUUCACCUGCACUGGGCCUGGGUUCUACCCGGAUUCGAGCUCUUGCCAGCAGUACCAUGACUGCAGCGACGCAUCAGCUGAACCAGUUACGUACUACUGCCCGGAUGGAACACGAUUCAGCAGUAAAUUUAUCGCAUGUGAGCAGUACACCGGGUCCUGUCCGAAGGUUUGCAACCAGACCGGUUCGGAGACGAUCUUCUCGGCCUUCCCGGGUGACAGCCAGUACUAUACGUACUGUCAGUUUGACACCACCCAAACGCCAUCCAAGCUGGAGAAUGCGUACGUCUUCGCGUGUGGAGAAGAAGCUACAUUCGAUGCUAAAUUGGGCAAAUGCGUGUUCAAAUGUCCCAAAGUUGGAUUGUUUGCCAACACAGCGAAUCCAAAGCGGUACUUCUCGUGCAUCAGCUUGUCCGGAAAGCUAACUUAUUUGGAAAUGGCUUGUGGGGCGAAAAUGACUUUCGAUGCAAAGGCCAAGAAAUGUGUUGCAAUUAUUCCCCCGAAAGAAGGCAAUAAUGAUUAG